AUGUCUCAAUCAACCUCUUCUAUCCAGACCGCCCCCCAGCCGUCAACUAUCGACACAAUCCAGCUUAGAGAUAUCCAAAUUCACCUACCCCGUGCACCAGAUGCAUGGCACCGGCCUGGAACGACCCAGCCGUGCUCCGCGUCACUUCGGCUUUCUUAUUCAUCAUCAAUUGCCGCAGCCGAAGCAGACGAUGUUUCUCGCACAAUCGAUUACGGAAAGCUCUUUCGUCGCAUCACCCAGUCUAUGAGAAAGAUGAACAAGACCUCCAAGCUAUAUGAAUACACGCUGGAAAAUUAUAUCAUGGGUGCAGAUGAAAAACCACUGCAAGACACGCUACGUGGGGAAACAGGUCAAGAUGUCCGCUUGUUCGCGGCAAUCAUGGCGGAAUCUUGCCUCGAGAUCUUGGUUGAGUGUGCGGUUAGUGCUCGAUUUCACUUCUCGUUCUCAUCUGUCCUAUAUGUAUCCAUAGACUAUGUUAACGAGAGACAGAAAGCCUCCCCUCAGUCUACCGCCAUCCGUACCGAUUACGGUGAAUUCGAGCUCAGGUUACAUCUUCCGAAAGCCAUUCUCCGCGCAGCCGGGGGACUUUGGCAUAGAGGUGUUUUUGUUAUGAGAGCCAUUCAAGAGCAAGGUCGUACCGCUCGACGCCUAAUACUUCUCGAAGAGGAAUUUGAAAUUCGUGAGAUCCGAUCAUUCUGCAUCUUGGGCGUCAACCCCUGGGAAAAACUCGAGAAACAGGCCGUGAAUAUCUCGCUGAAAUUCAAGGGACCGGGAGGUCACAAAUGGGGAUCAACUGUCGUCGACACAUAUCAGGCAAUGAGUCGUGAUGUUGCAGAGCGGGUCGAGAAAACCUCAUUUCAGAGUGUUGAGGCACUGGCUUCUUUUGUUGCACGUAUCGUCACUAUGGACCAUGGGAAUGAUAAAGUUACUGUCUUGGUGGAGAAGCAUAGUGCGUUGGCAUUUGUAGGUGGAUCAGGAUUAGAUAUUACGCGCUCACGAGCCUUUUACUUGAAGACUUAA